UGCAAACUACGUAGUAGUCAAUUUUAGUGCCAGAAUGUCGACGGUAUGGUUGGCUUUCAAUUGCUUUCUUGAUGAACUCGCAUGAAGGGCAGUGAUUUAGCUAUGAGAGAAAGUUCUAAUGAUCUUGAGCAUCUGACAUCGAGGAAUCCCACCGCAUUGACCAAGCCAGGAAACACGAUCUUGGUGUUUGAAAUUCUUAACUAUCGUUUCCUUUCGCUCUACAGGUACCAAGGCAAGAGCAAGACAUUGAUGUAUGAUGUCACCAAAAUGAUUUCUACACUGAAGGGGAAACGUGGAGAUCACCGCAUUUUCAGAUUGGCUGAAAAUUUAUGUAUGAAUCUGAUUUUGUCGUUGAGAGAUUUUUUCUUUGUGAAGAGGGAAGGGAAGGGUUCAACUGAGUUUACUGAGACUUUAAAUAGGAUAGCGAUCGUUACUCUUGCAAUCAUAAUUAAAACUCGUGGAAUUGGGGAGUUUGAACAGUUACUGUAUCUUCAAACAAUGCUGGAACAAAUUCUAGCAACUAGCCAGCAUACCUGGUCUGAGAAAACUUUGCGCUAUUUUCCUUCAAUUUUACGUGAUGCCUUGAGUGGGCGAAUGGAUAAAAGGGGCUUGGCAAUCCAAGCAUGGCAGCAGGCAGAAACAACUGUUAUCAAUCAAUGCACACAGCUUCUUUCGCCAUCAGCUGAUCCCACAUAUGUUGUGACUUAUAUGAACCACAGUUUUCCUCAGCACCGCCAGUAUCUUUGUGCUGGUGCAUGGAUACUAAUGCAUGGGCAUCCAGAGAAUAUUAACUGCACAAACCUUGGACGUGUCUUGAGAGAACUUUCUCCGGAAGAGGUGACUGCAAAUAUUUAUACAAUGGUAGAUGUCCUGCUUCAUCAUAUUCACUUGGAACUACAGCGUGGACAUCCCUUGCAGGAUCUUAUGCUAAAAGCCUGUGGAAACCUUUCAGUUUUCAUCUGGAACCAUGAGCUUCUGCCUCCAGAUAUCCUACUACUGGCACUUAUUGAUCGUGAUGAUGAUCCACAUGCUUUGCGCAUUGUAGUAUGUUCUCUAUGAUCUUCCUCAAUUAGUU